UAGUUUUUUACGAAGUCAUGCUGAUUCGAAGCCAAGCUUUACGGUGGACAGUUUUCUUGUCAAUAUGUCUUCUGUUGAUCAAGGGUUUUCCCACAAAGAAGCGCAGAGCAAAUCACAUCAAGAACAAGAGCAGCACGUCUCUAGAGGUCAGAGGUCAUGGUGGCUCCAAAGAUGUCAGACAGAUGCUUGUGGACAUUCAGAGGCAAACCCAGCUGAGGAGCGCUCCAUCUUCGCAGCACCGUCAUAAAAGGAGAUGGUCACAGAUUCGCUCAGAGGGAGUUCAUCCUAAACUUGCUCCACAGGAGGAAGAGGAACCCUUCAUUUUGGACUUGAAUAACUUCCCUGAUCUUGCCAAUGCGGACAUGGGCUCCCAGAACCCAAACAUUCAAGUCACUAUUGAGGUUGUGGACAACCCUCAGAUGGAAAUUGAGAUGGACCUUGUAAAGGAGAGCAGGAAUGACUGGUCUUUGAGCUCUGAAGAAUGGCUGGACCAUAAAAAGCUCUUCUGGCCUCUCUUCUGGGAAUAUCAUGACUCUAGUGAAGAAGAUCCAGGGCAGGGUAGUCUGGAGGAGCACGGCGAGGACCUCAGCUAUGAGGGUGAAGAUUCCCUUUUGAGUGGGGUGGGUGCAGACUGGAACAGACGAUGGAAGGGCUGGGACUCCAUGGACAAUUAUGAAUACAAGGUUGAAGAGUGGAGCGACUGGUCUCCAUGUAGUGUCACCUGUGGUCAUGGCAACCAGAAGAGAAUACGUUUGUGUGGCUAUGCCUGCACUGCCACUGAGUCAAGGACAUGUGACCUUGAGCGUUGCCCAGAUGACUUAAUUCCCUUGACAGAACCAACUCCUCAUGGCACAGCAAACAGCACAGAGCUUUUUGGCUCAGAUGUCGACAGCUGUGAGACGUGGCUGAACUGUAAGAAUGAUUUUCUCCAGAAAUACCUACACCAGGUGCUGACUGAUCUACCUUACUGCCCUUGUGUCUACCCAUCUGAGGUGGUAUACAACGCUGUCAACAUUUUUGACAAGAAGUUACAAAAGAUAUAUCGCUGGCGUGACGCCAGUGGCCCCAAAGAGAGGCUGGACAUCUACAAGCCCUCUGCGAAGUUCUGUGUGCGCUCAAUGCUCUCCUUCGACAGCACCACAUUGGCUGCUCAGCACUGCUGCUAUGAUGAUCACAUGAAGCUCAUCACACGAGGUAAAGGGGCCGGGGCCCCCAACCUUAUCAGCACAGAGUUUUCUCCAGAGCUACAUUACAAAGUGGACGUGCUGCCUUGGAUCCUGUGUAAAGGAGACUGGAGCCGCUUUCAUUCGGUACGGCCUCCCAACAACGGUCUACAGUGUACUGAAAACCCUCAGGAGGACAUCUAUAUGAAUGAACUAGAAGAGGCCAGGGAGUACUGAUCCAGUCAUGAGCAGUUCGGAUGUUCUGAUCAGAUUGCCUUUUCAGUAUCAGCAUUUCAACUGUUCAAUUCAUUGAGGAGUGUUCUAUGGUACAAUACCGAACAGUAUAGAUGUGUCUUCAACAUGUUAAUGCUGACUGGACCACUCUUAAAUAUCUGUAAGGAAUGUUCUGGGUUAAAUAAAAGUUAAAAAGUUCAAAUCAAUCAACAGCAUUUGUGGUAUUAUGUUGAUUACCACGCCAAAUAAUUAAAAAUUUUCCCUCAUUCAUUUAAAAAAAGAAAACGAAAAUGAUGGUUACAGUAAGGCACUUAUUAUACAAUAGAAGUGAAUGGUGCUAUAUGAUAAACAUUAAAAUACACACUGUUUA